AUGGCCGCCACGAGCGCCGCCCCUCUCUCUCCCGUCGGGGGACCCGCCGGCGGCGGCGCCUCCGUGCGGGACGCUAUCGACAUACUGCUGUACGAGGACAACCAGGGGCAGCGGAAGCGCAGGCUGGUGCUGGAGCUUAACACCCUCGUGCAGAGCGCCGAGUUUGGCGAGCAGUUCCUUGAGGAGGAUGGGCUGAACAUCCUCCUGCACCAGAUUAAGACGGCGAGUGGCAACCUGCAGGCGGCGAUGCUGAGCGUCCUGCGCAACCUCCUCGUGUACGUGAACGCGGUGGAGCAAAUAGCCGAAACCCCUGAGCUCGUGGAGCGCAUUUACGGCCUGCUGGUGCCGCCCCCCGACGGCGGGCUGGUGCCGCUGAACAUUGCGAAGCCCACGCUCGAGACCCUCAUUGUGAUUUGCGGCAUGGUGGAGGGCGGCCACAAGAUGAUCAACCAGGCGGCAAAGAAGCGCAUCGGUGUGGGGGUGCUUCCCUACGCCCCGCUUGUCCCACUCUUGAGCGGCGACGACCUCCUUGCGACGCACAAGACGCUGCUCUUUAUGAACAUUCUUCUCAAGAAGAAGAAGGAGGCGUCCGAGCUGAAGGCGAAGAAGCUCGUUUUCCGCUGGAAGGAGUGCGGCAUCGUGUCGCUGCUGAAGCGCCUGACCGCGAUUGAGGACGUCGACGUGGCGAAGCAGCUGGCCAGCUUCCAGCGCCUCUCCGCCUACACCAUCCCGCGCAGCUGGGAGGAGGCGGGCAAGUACCGACGGCAGUACGAGGAGGCAAAGCGCAAGUGCGACGCCGCCAUGGACGCCCUGUACGUCUUCCAGCAGCAGCAGGCAAAAGUGCGCUUGCUGAAGCAGGAGCUCGAGCGCGCGCAGGAGACGGUGCGUGCCAUGAGCCUCCUCACGCAGCACACCUCCGCCAACUACCACCCGGCGCGCCGCUUCCGCGCAGGCGGCGGGUUGCACCUCGAGCGUAUGGCGUCCGGCAGGAUGGAGCCCAUCGACGUCGCCGCCGCGCAGCGCGACAUCGGCGCCGCACGCACGGCGUUGUUGGAGAAGUUUGUCACCGCCAGCGACAUCCGCCCUGCGCUGUCGCGGAUGUUCAGUGCCCGGCCGAACGCCGACGCCGACGAACCCCCCGCGCCCCCCGACGAGGACGACGAGGACGACAUGCUGCCGCCGCCGAGUGACGAGAGCGACGCCCCGCCGCCCGAAGACGACGACGGCGACGAAACGGCUGAAAACAGUGCGGCGCAGCGGCCCAUUGCGCCCAACGGCGGGAAGGCACCACCACCACCACCACCACCACCACCACCGCCGCAGCCGCCGCCGCCGCCGCCACAAACUCCACCUGCAGAAGGGAAAAAAAGUGCGCCGCCGCCGCCACCGCCGCCUCCACCCGCAGGCGGGAGAAAAGGGGCGCCACCGCCGCCGCCGCCGCCGCCGCUCCUGGGGGCAAAGAAGGCGCCUGGUGGAAGACCCGCUGCUUCUGGACCUGCCGCACCAACAGCAUCCGUGGCGCCGUCGCGAGUCUUCUUCAAGGGUCCCGCGCCGACAAAGCGAAUGAAACCGCUGCACUGGGAAAAAAUUGCCAUUCCCGACAACGUGGAGUCCGUGUGGUCUCUGCUCAACGCAGGCACGCUGUACGACACCAGCUUUGACUACACAGAGUUUGAGCAGCUCUUCUCGCAGAAGGAGGUGGAGGCCAAACCUGUCGCCCCGCCAAAGCCCCAGAAGGUUCUUCUCUUGCGGGAGGAGUUGCAUCGCAACCUUUCCAUUGUGCUUCAUAAGCUUCCAAGUAUUCCCAACGUGCAGCGUGCCUUGCUUGACUUGGACGCGAGUGUGCUUUCGCGUGAGAUGCUGACUGCCAUGCUGGCGCAGGCCCCGACGAAUGAGGUGCGCGCGGAGUUUCUCAAAAACGCCAACAAGAAACCCGAAGAGGAGUAUGAGCCGCAGGAAAAGUACAUGGCAAUGAUGACUACCAUGCCGGAGUUUAAGCGCCGCGUCUCUGCGUGGCUCUUUUCAAUGGAAUGGGAAGAGAGUCGUCAGGCGGUAUUGAAACCAAUGCAUCGCCUGCAGGACAGUAUGGCGGCUGUCCUGAGCAGUAAGCACCUGCCGUACUAUCUUGGUCUGCUGCUAAGUUUUGGUAAUAUGAUGAAUUACGGAGAUGCACGCAGAGGCAAUGCCGGUGCAGUGAAUCUAAACCUCCUAGAUAAACUGGAGUUGACGAAGGACAACAAGGGGAAGUCGUCACUCUUUACGUACCUUGUUGGCACCGUGAAGUUGCGUCACCCGGAGGCACUGCACCUUAUUGAUGAGAUGAAACCCGUAUUAACCGCAAGUGUGAUGCAAAUCAGUUGGGGAGACGUGGAGAUGGCCAUGCAGGAGGCGGAGAAGGCGGUGCAGAUGUUCCAGAACCACUGCACCUCUGUGAAGAAGAAACUGGUUGAGCUGGGCACGGAUGCGGAGGACCCGUUUAUUCCCUUUGCUGUGGAGUUCACAAUGCGGGUGACGGGGGAGUUACAAGAGCUAAAGCAGCACUACAGCCGUCUUGAUAGCACAAGAAUAAACUUUCUACGGUACUUUGGGAUAGUUGAUGCGAAGAAGAGGCCGGAGGAUAUCUUUUCUCAGCUUGUUCCGUUCGUUGAACGCCUCCGCAGGUCGGUGCAGGACAUGGUCAAGAAGGAGCGCCGCAGUGCGAAGAAGGGGCAAAAGCUGGGGGACGGAGAGUUUGCCCACGUGGUGGCAAAACUGCAGGAGCAGUUGGCACUCUGA